AUUAUGAAAGCUUACGGCGAGCAGAUUUCAAUCAUAUAACUCUCUCAUAUGUCGAGAAGCGAUUAGUGAUCCAAUAGUAGUUUCAAAAAUAUCAAAACCGACAGAUGUCUCAUCACCCAGCUACUUUGGUCAGCAGAUGACAACACAGUCUGCUGCCUUCGCCAGUCAAUUUUGAACUGUACACGUCUGUUCACAGAUGAUGACCCAGAACUUUAAAUUUAGUGACUCGCACACGGUCGAGUUCAAUCAAAGUUCAAGUCAAGGUGGCAUUCGUCAUCUGUUGAUUUUGGAAUUAUUUUUGGGUCACUAAUCAGUUUUUCGCAUAUGAGAGAGUUACAUAGUUGGAAUUAGUUCACCGUGAGCUUUCAUAAUAUGCUUUCAAACAUUUUCGAGGAACGAAAAAUCAGGCCGUUCUGUUUGUGCAAAUUUCAAAAUGAUCGAGUAAACUUCUAAAUGAUCGAGCGAAGCCUACAAAUUACAGAUGAAAAGCAAAGAAAACAUUUUUUAUAUCAUAUAUAUUUUUCAUACUUUUCUGUAUUUGUAAUUCUAUGUGCAAUAUAUUUUUAUAUUUAUUUUAUAUUUUGCGUUCAUUAUAAUACGUGUGUGUAAACAAUACGCACACAUGAAAUACAAAAUCUCAGUUUCUUAUUUAAUUGCGUCGCAAAGUUGGAUCAAUCCUUUUUUAAAUUCUUGAAAAAGAUGGAUUGGAAUAAUUUUACAUUUUUUUCUUUUCUUUUUUUAAUGAGCUUUUCUGAAAAUUUCCAAAGACCAGAUUGCUUUAUCGAUUAUCGUUGCUUUUCAAGUGCAUUUUCGUUUCACCUCCGUUAUAUCCUGAGCACUCGCGUACGUCACGAGUAUCGGUAUAAUUAAACUCUUUGCUCCAGUCAAGCGAUGACAUUCAGGAACAGGCGACAACGCCGACGGCGUUGGCCCCAACCCUGAAGACCACUACAGCCGAUAAGGAUUGGGGUCUUAACGGCCGACUAGCAUUCGCUAUCGCGGCAGCUGCUCUCGGCUCAUCGUUCCAACAUGGAUACAAUACCGGUGUGGUUAAUGCUCCUCAGCAGUUCCAAUGUUUUACAGCUUAUCGAGGACUGGAUCAGCGAGCUGAAGGAAAACCGAACAGGCAUUCCGACGUCGCAGUCAGAGGUCACGCUGAUCUGGUCGGUGGCUGUAUCGAUAUUCUGCGUUGGCGGAAUGAUUGGCGGUUCAUUAGUGGGCUGGGUGGCUGAUCGCUUUGGCAGGAAGGGUGGUCUGCUACUGAACAACGUGUUGGUGCUGUUGACCGUGAUCUUCGAGGGUUUCGCCAAGACGGCGAAGAGCUAUGAGAUGAUAAUCUUCGGCAGAUUCCUAAUCGGCAUAAACUCGGGUCUAAACGCUGGUUUGGCACCAAUGUAUUUAGCGGAGAUAUCACCGGUGCAUUUGAGAGGCGCCGUCGGUACUGUCUAUCAGUUGGUCAUCACCAUCUCCAUCCUGGUAUCGCAAAUCCUCGGUCUGGAGCAGAUACUCGGCACCGUGGAACAGUGGCCGUUACUGCUUUGCCUAACGAUCGUGCCGGCGAUCUUCCAGGUGUGCACACUGCCGCUUUGUCCUGAGAGUCCCAAAUACUUGUUGCUUAGCCGCGGCAAGGACAUGGAAGCCCAAAAAGCGUUGACCUGGUUGCGUGGCACGAUCGAAGUUCACGACGAGAUGGAGGAGAUGCGUUCGGAGUUCGAAUCGAUGAAGCUGAUACCGAAGGUCACGUUACGCGAGCUGUUCGUGAAUCCGGCGCUGCGGAUCCCGUUGUUCAUCUCCAUCAUGAUUAUGUUCGCCCAACAGCUAUCCGGUAUUAAUGCCGUCAUGUUCUUCUCGACCAAGAUCUUCACGAUGGCGCAGCUCAACAAGAACGCCGCCCAAAAUGCCACGAUGGGCGUCGGUGCAAUGAAUGUCCUCAUGACCAUCGUUUCCCUGGUGUUGGUCGAAAAAGCAGGCAGAAAAACGCUGCUCCUUAUUGGUUUCGGCGGCAUGUUCAUAGAUACCGCUUUGCUUGCUAUUUGUCUUGCAUUCGCUGGAACAUCACAGGUAGCGGCGUACUUUUCGAUUGUACUUGUCAUCUUGUUUGUGGUGCUCUUUGCUACCGGUCCAGGCAGUAUCCCAUGGUUCUUGGUAUCUGAGCUCUUCAAUCAAUCCGCCCGACCGCCUGCUACUUCGAUCGCCAUCGCUGUGAACUGGACAGCGAACUUCAUCGUCAGCAUCGGCUUUUUGCCGCUGCAGGAGGCGGUAGGCGCUUACGUGUUCAUUAUCUUCGCCGUGCUGCAGGCGUUCUUCACAAUCUUCAUAUACAAAAAAGUGCCGGAAACGAAGAACAAGACCAUGGAGGAGAUUAGCAGCAUGUUCAGGCAAAUAUCAUAUCAGUGAGAGGAGUAGUGAGCAAACGAAAUGGGAUCUCUGAGAGACGAUCUGUAUCGAUAUUGUAUGAGCGAUUAAUGCGUUCCUCUAUUUGUCUCUGUCUCUCUUUUUUUCUCUCUCUCUCAACCUAUCUUUAUCUCUUUUUGUCUCUCUGCUCCUCUGGCGAGGAACUCAGCAACUCAGCGAGAAUGACAUUACUGUAACGAUCUAUCAAACGCGCUUCCAUCACGUGGAUUUCGACCACGCGCUGCAACGAAGUUCACCGGAUACAUAUCUGGACGUGAACACUCGCCCGCGAGAAAUCAUGUUAUAACAUAUCUGACAUAACAGUGCCAACUAGAAAUCCGAAAAUUUUAACUCUUCACUUACUGUUAUUAAACAUUUUUUAGUAUUUUACUUUUUAUUCUUUUUUUAUCGAAAAAUUUGAGUGAAACUUUAUCAUAAGACUUUAUCACCCUCAUGUCGAGCGAGUUAGUGUCGGGUUGCGCAAAUUUAAUACGCUUAGUUCCUAUUGUAUCCAAUGUGAGAUUGUUAGCAAUAGAAUCAACCAUCGAGACAGCAGCAGAACUGGAUUUGUUAGCUGAACAUUUCUCGCGUUGCGGGAACGAUGACACGCGCCGCGAUUGUAUCGGUACGAAGAACUACAACUCUAGUCAUACGAGAAGACCUGUGUGUAUCGAGUAACGUCAAGAGAAUUACAUCCGGGCUGACUACUUUAUAUCGGACCGCUGGUUUCAUGUCGACAAUACUUAUUGCUUCGUCGUAUGGCGAAUUUUUAUGCGAUACGAAUACAUCGUAUUACAUGCCGUGUUUCAGAGAAAUCGUGAGAGUACACAAGCGAAUUCUUUAUUUUUUUCUAUCUUUGAAGGCGUGCGAGAAGCUCCUGUUCCAAUUAAUCGAACAAUCGUGUUGCGUUAUAUAAGUAGGAAAAGAAAAAUACGAACUGUUGAUUAAAAAAAAAGGAGAGAGAGAGAGAUCUUGUCUUGCGAGAGAAAAAGUGCUUUCCUUUUUUACAAGAUAUUUUAAAAAUGAAUUUGGAAAAUGUUUUAUUACGUGAGCCGAGACGUGCUAAUUUUAUGGAACAGAAAUGAUAAGAACAGCGUUAAAUAUAAAUGUAUAUACUAAAGUGUAAAGACUAGUAUUGUGUAUAGCAUAGAGAAAAUUAUAUAUAUAUGUGUAUAUAUAUAUAUAUGUGUGUGUAUAUAUAUAUAUAUAUAUAUAUAUAUAUAUAUAUAUAUAUAUAUAUAUAUAUAUAUAUAUAUUUAUGUACGUAUAUAGUUAAUUAAUGUUUAAGAGGGAUAUAUUGAGAUGUUGUCAUAUUUUAAAAAUAUUUAGGUUAAUUUUAAUGAGAUACCUUACAUACAUACAUUACGCUGAACGCAAAAACUCAGGAACUUACGCCUGUUAUCGUGUAAAUUGCAAGUUAACGUGAUGUAAAUUUAUUUUUAUUUUCUUUGUUACUCUGUGCACAGCCUCAAAGAAUACUCAUUAUAAUAACCGUUUUAGUAUUAAUGCUCUGACGGAUUUAUUGUAAACGGCAAGAGGCUGACUAUGUCUGAUAAAUGUGCUGUAAAAUCGUUUUCUGAUUUUUUCUACGAACAAUCAUUAAAAAAAAACAAGAAAAUAUAUAAUGUAAUCAAUUUGAAUUUAAAGUUUACUAUAUGUAUAUUCUCGAUCACACACAUACAUAUACACACACAGUCUGUACAAAUGAAACAAAUAUUGUAUGUCCGAAGUGUAUUCGGUUAAUAAUAUUCUACUUGUUGCGAAACUGUAAAUAAUGCAGAGGUCUUAUAUUCUUAGCUGACCUAUUGCUCUAAUUAUCGUAUAAGUUUUUGCAACGCAGUUCUAGCAUUUUAGUUUUAGUCGAUUCUUUUAUAAAUAAAUUCAUUCUCAGAUAGCAUAAAAUCUUCCAGAGAUGUCCUAAGAACUUAUGUGAACAUUUAGAAAUCCUCAGAAUGUCUUUUGGAUAUCCUAGGGAUUUAUUUAAGAAGAUACCUAUCCUCAGGAAAUCUUUAGAAUAUUUUUGCAAAGUUGUGCUAUCUGGGUUGAUACUUGUAGUACCAAUUUACACGCCGAUAUUAUUCGUGAGAAUUAAUGCAGUAAAUACUUUGCAAAUCCAUUCAUUUAUACAUCAGAUGCUAUUUGCUAUAAUAGUUAAUUAUAUGAAAAUUAAUCAAAAUUCGAUAACAUUGUUAAUCUGUCUGUUUACGAGAUGUGUCACUGAGUACUACCAAAAUGUACAUGUACAAUGCGUUACGAUUUUUAUGAUAUUUGAUGCUGAUAUAUUGUCUGAAUAAAAUUAUUGGAAUUUCAAGUACAAAAUAAAAUUAUAAUUUUUAAUUAUUCAAGAGCCCACAGCAGAGGUAUCCAAAAUAUAUCAUAGGGAUAUCCUAAAGAUAUAUUUGGGAUAUGUAAUAUCUUCAAGAUAUUCCUAUAAUGUAUUUGGGACAUUCUUGCUGUGUGGGAGAGUAUAUAUCAUUGUAUCCAGAGAACAAUAAGAAGUCUUAUCUUAAAGAUAUUCAACAGAUAUUCGUAAAAGGCAUCCUAUAACAUCUAAGUACAACAUUUUAUGAAUAUUUUAAAUGAUAUAUCUUUCAGAUAUAUAUAAUUUAAUAUGUAAUAAAUUACUAUGUGCUACA